AUGACUGUGAGAACACCUGGAACACCAGCUUCAAAGAUAGAUAGGACACCAGUAUCAACCCCAGGAGGACCAAGAGCUAGGGAGGAGAAGAUUGUGGUUACAGUAAGGUUAAGGCCUUUAAACAGAAGGGAGCAAUUGGCUAAAGAUCAGGUGGCAUGGGAUUGUAUAGAUGAUCAUACUAUAGUGUUUAAACCACCGGCACAUGAACGUGCUUCCCAACCAGCAUCGUUUACUUUUGAUAAGGUUUUUGGUCCUGCUUGUUUAACUGAGACUGUAUAUGAAGAAGGAAUAAAGAAUGUUGCAUUAUCUGCAUUGAUGGGCAUUAAUGCAACUGUUUUUGCUUAUGGGCAAACUAGCAGUGGAAAGACAUACACAAUGAGAGGAGUAACAGAGAAGGCUGUCAAUGAUAUCUAUAACCAUAUAAUGAAUAACCCUGAAAGAAAUUUCACGAUAAAAAUUUCUGGACUCGAAAUAUACAAUGAGAAUGUCAGGGACUUGUUAAAUUCAGAAUCUGGUCGCAGUUUGAAGCUUCUAGAUGACCCUGAGAAAGGUACGGUGGUUGAUAAAUUAUUGGAAGAAACAGCAAAAGAUGACAAGCAUUUGAGACAUUUGAUCUCCAUUUGUGAAGCUCAAAGGCAGGUUGGCGAAACUGCUCUAAAUGAUAACAGCUCGCGGUCACACCAGAUAAUAAGACUGACAAUUCAAAGUACUCUUCGUGAAAAUGCAGAUUGUGUGAAAUCUUUUGUUGCAACCCUGAACUUUGUUGAUCUGGCUGGAAGUGAGAGGGCUGCACAGACACAUGCAGAUGGCACUAGGCUCAAAGAAGGCUGCCAUAUUAAUCUUAGCCUGAUGACUCUGACAACCGUAAUCAGGAAGCUCAGUGUUGGAAAAAGAAGUGGUCAUAUCCCUUACAGAGAUUCAAAGCUCACACGUAUAUUGCAACACUCCCUUGGUGGGAAUGCACGCACUGCUAUCGUUUGUACUUUGAGUCCAGCACUAAGCCAUGUAGAGCAAUCGCGAAACACUCUCUUCUUUGCUACCCGGGCAAAGGAAGUAACAAACAAUGCUCAAGUUAACAUGGUUGUUCCAGACAAGCAGCUUGUCAAACAUUUGCAAAAGGAAGUAGCAAGGUUGGAGGCAGAGUUGCGCACUCCUGAUCCAGCUAAAGAGAAGGAUUGGAAAAUUCAACAGAUGGAAAUGGAAAUUGAAGAGCUGAAACACCAGAGAGAUCUUGCACAAACUCAGGUGGAUGAGUUACGCAGAAAGCUUAAGAAUGACCAGCAGGUCUCAAACCCAAUUGAAUCACCACAACUAUCAGUCAAGAAGUGCCUAUCAUUCACUGGUGCACUAUCAUCGCCAAAACCAGAGAUAGGCUGUGAGAGAGUAAGAAGCACAACAUUAAGACAGUCCAUGAGGCAAUCGUCUACUGCUCCUUUUACCCUUAUGCAUGAAAUUCGCAAACUUGAGCACCUCCAGGAGCAGCUGGGUGAAGAAGCUAAUCGAGCUUUGGUAGUAUUACAAAAGGAAGUGGCAUGUCAUAGAUUAGGUAACCAAGAUGCAGCUGAGACAAUUGCAAAGCUGCAAGCAGAAAUAAGGGAAAUGCGUGCGGUUAGGUCAGCACCCAAGGAAGUUGAAGUUGUUGGAAGCAUGGUUUCUAUCAACAAGAGUGUCAAUGCUAAUCUCAAAGAAGAGAUUACCCGACUUCAUUCACAAGGCAGCACCAUUGCAAAUCUUGAACAGCAGCUUGAAAAUGUUCAAAGGUCCAUAGACAAGUUGGUGAUGUCUCUCCCGAACAAUUUUCAACAUGUAACCAGUGAAGCAUCCCCUAAGAAUAAAAAGGAACACAAAAGGAAGAAGCUGCUUCCUUUGUCUUCAAGUAAUGGUACCAAUCGCCAAAACUUCAUAAGAUAUCCCUGCUCACCAUUAUCAACUACUCAGCAAGUUUUGGAAUCCAAUAUUGAAAAUAAAGCUCCUGAGAAUGAUGAUACUGUUUCAAUUGAGACUCUGCCAGAGUCUGAGAAGGGGACUCCAUCGAAGAAUGAAGAAGUUGGAGAUGUUUCAUCGAAGGAAAAUACUUCAGGUUAUCGACGCUCUAGUUCAGUCAACAUGAAGAAAAUGCAGAAAAUGUUUCAGAAUGCAGCAGAGGAGAAUGUAAGAAGUAUAAGAGCUUAUGUCACAGAAUUGAAAGAACGAGUGGCGAAACUACAGUACCAGAAGCAGUUACUUGUUUGCCAGGUGCUUGAACUUGAAGCAAAUGAAGCAAGUGGCCACAACAUAGAAAAUGAAGAGUAUACAUGUGAGCCGGAGGAACCACAAGUUUCAUGGCAAAUAACAUUUAGAGAGCAGCGGCAGCAGAUCAUUGAAUUAUGGGAUGUAUGUUGUGUCUCCAUUAUUCACAGGACCCAGUUUUAUUUGUUAUUCAAGGGAGACCCAGCUGAUCAGAUAUACAUGGAAGUUGAACUAAGGCGUUUAACAUGGUUGCAACAACACCUAGCAGAACUUGGGAAUGCAAGCCCAGCUCCUCAUGUUGGAGAUGAGCCUACUAUCUCUCUGUCUUCAAGUAUGAGAGCUUUGAAACGAGAAAGAGAAUUCCUUGCUAAGAGAUUGACAUCACGUUUGACGCCAGAGGAGAGGGAGGCGUUAUAUAUCAAAUGGGAUGUCCCCCUUGAAGGGAAGCAGAGGAAGAUGCAAUUUGUCAGCAAGCUUUGGACAGAUCCACAUGAUCAAAUGCAUGUGCAGGAGAGUGCUGAAAUAGUUGCAAAGCUUGUGGGUUUCUGUACUGGAGGCAACAUGUCAAAGGAGAUGUUUGAGCUGAAUUUUGUGCUUCCAUCUGAUAAGAGGCCAUGGUUAAUGGGCUGGAAUCACAUAACAAACCUUCUCAAUCUGUAA